AUGGCGACGUAUCAGGCCUUUGGAGAGGUUGCAGGCACCGGAGCAGCUGUAGCAGCUGUGCAGACGGGCCGCCACUCAGCCAAGAUGGUCAAGGCCGUACGCCAGCCCUGCGUGCAGCCGGCGGGCCGGCGUGCUCUCCGCGUCGUCAGUGUGGUGGCUGCACCCAUGCGGGCAGCAACGCGCGGCUCCGCGGCGCCACCGCCGGCGUCCAAGCUUGCGGCGUCGGCGUCGUCUCGCGUCGACUGGGCGUGCGUCGCGUCGGCAGCUCUCGCCGCCCUGCUCUACGCCGGGACGCUGCGCGCCGGGUUCGUCUACGACGACAACCGCGCGAUCCUGACGAACGAGGAUGUGGUGGGCGGUGGUGCGGAGUCGUGGUGGCGCGUGUGGCGGCACGACUUCUGGGGCACGCCGCUGCGGCACGCGGGCUCGCACGGCUCCUACCGGCCGCUGGCCGUGCUCAGCUUCCGGCUGGACGCGGCGCUGUGGCGGCUGCGGCCCGCCGGCUUCCACCUGAGCAACGUGGCGCUGCACGCCGCCGCCACCGCCGCCGUCGUGCGCUGGGCGCGCGCGCUGCUCGCGGGACGAAGCACAAGGGGGCAUAGACUCACGGGCCUGCUGUUCGCGGCCCACCCGGUGCACACGGAGGCCGUGGCGGGUCUGGUGGGACGCGCCGACGUAGGCGCCGCCCUGCUGCUGCUGCUGGCGCUGCUGCUGCACGAGGCGCACUGCCGCCGCAGGCGCGCAGCUCCACCAGGUGCCUGGCGGGGUCGCCUGCUGCUGUCGCUGUGUGUGCUGGUGUCGGGGUGCGCCAUGCUGGCCAAAGAGCACGGCGUGUGCGCGCUCGCUAUCUGCCUGGUGAGGGAGGCGCUCGCCUGGCAGAGGGCAGCUGGAGACCCCAGGGCCAGGAGGCAGGCGGUGCGCAGCGCCUGCUGGCUGGCCGCCGGCCUGGCGGCGCUGGUGGCGGCGCGGCUGUGCGCGGCGGGCGGCCGAGUCCCGCGCUUCGCGGCGGCCGACAACCCGGCGGCGCGCCACCCCUCGCGGCUGACGCGCGCGCUCACCUUCCUGCUGCUGCCCGCGCUGCACGCCUGGCUGCUGCUCUGCCCCGCCACGCUCAGCUUCGACUGGUCCAUGGACGCCGUGCCGCUCGUCCACACCCCCGCGGACCCGCGCAACGCCGCCUCGGCCGCGCUCUACGCCUGCGUUGCCGGCGCCGUUCUGCUCGCCGCGAGGCGCUCUGUCCGCGCAGCCGCCGCCGCCGACCGCCGCCACUGCAAGCCGCCCGCCGUCUGCAUAGACCAUAACGCCAACCACAGCGUCGCCGCGGCCUGCCACCACAGCACGCAACACAGGACCGAGAGCGGCCUGGGGCGCGGCGCGACGCUGGUGGCGGUGUCGCUGUCUGCGACGGUGCUGCCCUUCGUGCCGGCGUCCAAUCUGGUGGCGCACGUCGGCUUCGUGGUGGCCGAGCGGGUGCUCUACGUGCCCUCGGCCGGCUACUGCGUGCUCGCCGGCUACGGCUUCGCCAGGCUGCUGCACGCCUCCGACAGGAGGGCGUGGCGGUGGUCAGUGACGGGCUGCGCAUGCGUGUUGCUGGUACUCAUGUCUGCGCGGACGCUGCGCCGCUGCGAAGACUGGAUGGACGAGGAGAGCCUCUACCGUUCCGGGCUGCACGUCAACCCGCCCAAAGCAUACGGCAACCUGGGCAACAUCCUGAGUAUGAAGGGCGAGCUGGAAGAGGCAGAGAGGUGCUACCGGAAGGCGCUGUCCUAUCGGCCCAACAUGGCGGACGUCCACUACAACCUGGGCGUGUUGCUACAGUCGCAGCAGCGGCUGGAGGAGGCCGCACAAAGCUACCAAACUGCCAUAAGCUUCCGGCCUAGCCUCGCAGCUGCCUACCUGAACCUGGGGCUGGUGCUGUGGCGGCAGGGCCGCGAGGCGGAAGCGCUCGGGGUGCUGCGGGCGGGCGCCGCAACCGACGGCUCGGCGCUCAAGGACCCGCGCGCGCAUGCGCAGGCGGCGACCGCGUGCCGCUUCCACCUGGGCCGCCUGCUGCUCGAGAGCGGGCGCGCCGCCGCCGCAGACAGGGAGCUGCGCGCCGCAGUCGCCGGCAUGCCACCCCACUACCAGCCACAGAGCCUGUUCAACCUGCUGGGGGAGGCGCAGGCGAGACUCGGGCGGCACGCCGAGGCGGAGCGCUGGUUCCAGGAAAGCCUGAGAGCCAAGCCGGACCACGUGCCCGCGCACCUCACCUACGGACGCCUGCUCGCCCGCAACAGCUCCCGGGCUGCAGAAGCAGAACAGUGGUACCGGCGCGCCCUGCGCCUGGCCCCGGACGACGCGUCUGUUCUGCUCCACUACGGGCAGUUCCUGCUGAGCCAGCAGCGGCCGGCCGAGGCGGCUGCGGCGCUGACGCGGGCGGCCUCGCUGUCCCCAGAGGCGCUGGCCUACGAGGACGCCAUGAACGCCGCCGCCAGCCUCAGACUCGCCGGCGAUCUGCGAGCCGCCGAGACCUUCUACCGCAUGGCGGUCUCCAUGAAGCCUACGGAGCCAGCCGGCGUGGGCAACCUUGGCGCGCUCUACCACCUGAUGGGCAGGCACGCCGAGGCCGAGAAGUUCUACCGGGAGGCGCUGCGCCUCUUACCCGGUGACCCCGUCACGUUGGCCAACCUGCGGCGACUACACCGGCGCAUGGCUGCCGGCACGUGACGAUAGACGAGGACUCUGCCCGGGGGAUGCCCCGCAACAUCUGAACAACAUCGUCGGUCGUCUUAGAACUCCAAACAAUACCAACUGUUGACAUGACAGUAGCACGUUGUUAAUGUGCAACACUAAUGAGGACACCGCCGAAGUAUAUCACGUCCACAGAUACUUUGAGGCAAUUUAAAUGUCUGUAAAACUUCUGGCCGCAAACUAAACGACUUGGUUGCAACACUUUGACCUCUAUUUCGUGUGGGACGUCGGAGUCCCAACGUAGAACAUCCAUGCAGUACCGCAUUAAUUAACCUGCCCGGAAAAUUUUUGAACUGUGCGUAUAGAAAUUCUCAGGUUUCCAAGCUCACCGCUUUUCUUUUAUUAUUUCGUUUGUUCGUUCGUCGUAAGGAAAUCACAGCUUUAUGAAACACUUUCAACAGAUUGCCAAUAAACGGAGAAUCUCACUAAUUAACCCCUGUGCUUUGGUGGAACGGUGUUUCCACUGUCGUGUCGAACUCUCAGUUCUAAAUACACUUGUGUUCUCAGCACUGUUGUUUGAUUACCCUGAGCGGAGAUUACAUAGCACUUUUGUUUCGUAGUUUCUGUGAUCACGAGUUAGGAAUUCCUUGCUUUUGCCUUAAUUCCAAAGGCGUUUUUCACUUUCGUGUUUGUCACAAAGAAUGUUUCGAUGGAGUUA